AUGACUAAUAAUAACUCGUCAUUUCCGGAUACACCACAAUUGAAAAAAUCUAGGAAUAGGUGUCUAAGUUGCAAAAAAUUGAAGAUUAAAUGUGACGAAGCUAAGCCUAAAUGUGAAUAUUGUGAACACACUAAGCGAGAAUGUAUUUAUCCAGAUCCUAGUACUAUUAAGAGAGGAAGGAAAGCGAAGACAAUAAAGACGGUUGAACGAAAGGAACGUAUAGAGCAAAUAAAUUCGUCUGCAGUUGAACUUUGGAAUAGGCAGAUGUGUCUCAAUUCAGUUGCACGUCAAUUGGAUAUAUCACAGUUUGAAUUCCGGUUACUUCAUUAUUUUCAGGAACACUACAUAAGAAUUGAAAAUACAGAUCCCCUUAACAAGGUUUGGAAGUUUCAGGUUCCGAAAUUGUGGCAGGAAUCCGAUAUCGUUAGACAGAGUAUAUUUUCGCUUAGUGCGAUGCAUUUAUGGGCAUUAUGUGAUUUGACUUCAUUAAUCCAAGAUGAUAUUAUGGACUAUAAAUCCAAAAAGAUCACAUUUUUGAAGAAUAUCAAUUGCAACGAAUUAUUUUUACACCCCAAUACUUUGAAGGCCUAUUUAUAUGACAAGACAGGCGAAUAUUUCACUAAUUGCUUACAAAGAACUAAUUGCAUGAUGGAUGCAAUUAUAAAUCAAAAUUAUAUCAUCUCUACUGUAUUCCAAGCUGCAGAAGUUGUUAUCUCUGGUAUAUUGCUAUUUUCUUUUUUGGCGUUGCAGCCUCAUGGACUUAUUCCUUUGCUUUCUUGCGACUCGGCUAUUCCAGAUAUAUUGUCUAUGUGCAAAGGAAUGAAAACAUCUAUGUCCUAUGCGUUUCCAUUGCUAUAUGAUUCACCUUAUCGUGGACUAUUUCACUUGAAUGAAACUAUGGAUCCCCCUACUAUAACUGAAAAAGAUCGGUAUCCGUUAAUCGAAUAUUUAAGAGACGAGCUUGAAAAAAAUAGCCAAGUUAAUAAAUUUCCAGAUGACGAAUACAAAAUUUUCAAGGGCGCAAUUGAUAUGCUUGAAAUUGACUUCUACAGAACGAUUGAAACGAAUAAUCCACUACCUAUUUAUAGAUGGAUCUUCUUGAUAGAUAUCAAGAUGUAUGAUAUCAUAAAAGUUGAUAGAAAUAGUUUUGGAUUAAAGUUAAUGUAUAUUUAUACUUGUUUAUGUGUGAUGUGUCAAUUUAGACUCGACAAAAAAACAAAUAUUUGGCUUGAGUAUAUGGAUUGGUACAAGGAUUACAACUACAGGGUUUUUGGUAAAUGGAAUGAUUCUUUCGACCAAGAAAUGUAUGAAUUGGUUGUGGGAAAGAAAUUUGAGAUCCCAAGUAAUUCAUAUCAUCUCUUAGAAACUUUUGUCCCACUUAUGUACUUAUAG